ACGUGUACCAAGUGCGCAUGCGCGCUGCCCGUGCUCAGCUCGACUUCCGCUGAAAGGAAGGCGCUGUUUAUCACCGCGACGCUCGGCAGCGCGAGAUAGAGAAUGACCGCAGCCGCGGGCCUGUGAGACGCUCGCUGACCGAUCCGACCUCAGCAUGUCCAGCGGCGGCUUCGCGUCACAGAACGGCGCCGGAGGCCCGUACUCGAACGGUCCGUCGCAGAGCCCCGUCGGUGUUUUUUCAUCUAAUCAGGGCUUCAUGGCUCCUCCGCAGCCAGGCUACAUCAACACGGUCCCGAGCAAAGGCCCGCCGCAGCCCCAGAGCCAUCCCAUCAUGCACCGCAGCACACCGCCGCUCUUCCAGCCGCUCGCUAACUCUGUGAACCACGCUCCUCCUGUGAUGAAUGUUAUGGCUCCUCCUCUUCCUCCUCCCGCAGCCGUGAGAGGAACUCCUCCUCUUCCUCCUCCCGCACACAGCGAUGGAGUGUUUCCUGCUCGCCCCGGACAGAUGCCCCGGCCUCUGACCAGCUCAUACCCCUCACUACAGCCGGCCUAUCAGAGCGCGUCCAGUGCGCAGACGCCUCCUCCUGCGCAGACGCAGCUCUACACGCCUCCUCCUGCACAGACGCAGCUCUACUCACAGACGCCGCCUCCUGCGCAGACGCAGCUCUAUCCACAGAUGCAGACGGCUCCUGCGCAGACGCAGCUUUACUCACAGACUCCUCCUCCUGCGCAGACACAGCUCUAUCCUCAGACACAGCUCUACCCGCAGACGCAGACAGCUUCAGCGCAGACACAGCUCUACCCGCAGACGCAGACAGCUUCAGCGCAGACACAGCUCUACCCGCAGACGCAGACAGCUUCAGCGCAGACACAGCUCUAUCCACAGACUCAGACGCAGCUCUACUCGCAGCCGUCUGCGGCGCAGCUGAGCCCUUCGUUAGCGUCGUUAAGCCUGCAGUCUCAGCCUCCGGAGUCUCUGAGGGUCGUUAAUCUGCUGCAGGAGCGCAGCCUCCUUCCUCCGGGCUCUGUCCCACCACCGGUGCCCUGUCUGCCCCACGACCUGCAGAAGAUGAACUGCAGCCCCGAGGUGUUUCGCUGUACUCUUACCAGCAUCCCUCAGACACAGGCUCUGCUGAACAAGGCCAAGCUUCCCCUCGGUCUGCUGCUGCACCCUUUCAAAGAUCUCUCCCAACUGCCUGUAGUGACGUCCAGUAAUAUUGUGCGCUGCCGCUCCUGUCGGACGUACAUCAACCCGUUUGUGACCUUCGUGGAUGCUAGGAGAUGGAAGUGCAACCUGUGUCACCGAGUCAAUGAUGUUCCAGAGGAGUUCAUGUAUAACCCGGUCAGCAGAUCGUACGGAGCGCCUCACAAAAGACCUGAGGUGCAGAACGCCACCAUCGAGUUCAUCGCCCCGUCAGAAUACAUGCUCAGACCUCCGCAGCCCGCUGCUUACCUCUUCCUCCUGGAUGUGUCUCAUAAUGCUCUGGAGACUGGUUAUCUGGAUGUGGUCUGUCAGACGCUCCUGGACAACCUGGACUCGCUUCCUGGAGAUGCUCGGACGAAGAUCGGCUUCAUCACCUUUGACAGCACCAUCCAUUUCUACAACCUCCAAGAAGGCCUGUCCCAGCCUCAGAUGCUCGUGGUGUCAGACAUCGACGAUGUGUUCUUACCGACGCCGGACAGCCUUCUGGUCAACCUGAGCGAAUGUAAAGAGUUGGUGCAGGAUCUUCUGGCGAGUCUGCCGCAGAUGUUCAGCAGGACGAUGGAGACUCAGUCUGCUCUGGGUCCAGCGUUGCAGGCCGCCUUCAAGCUUCUGUCUCCCACCGGAGGACGCAUGUCUGUGUUCCAGACUCAGCUCCCGACCGUCGGCAUCGGCUCGCUCAAACCCCGAGAAGAGCCCAGCCAGAAAGCCAACGCCAAGGAUGUGCAGCAUCUGAGUCCUGCGACAGACUUCUAUAAGAAGCUGGCUCUGGACUGCUCCGGUCAUCACGUGGCCGUGGAUCUGUUCCUGCUCAGCGCUCAGUACUCCGAUCUGUCCUCUCUGGGCUGUAUAUCCAGAUACUCUGCGGGGAGCGUCUAUUUCUACCCUUCGUACCACAAGCAGCACAACCCGCCUCAGACAGAGCGUCUCCAGAAAGAUCUGAAGAGGUACUUGACCCGCAAGAUCGGCUUCGAGGCCGUCAUGAGGAUACGCUGCACUAAAGGUCUGUCCAUACACACCUUCCACGGGAACUUCUUUGUGCGCUCCACUGACCUGCUGUCUCUGGCCAACGUGAACCCUGACGCCGGCUUCGCUGUGCAGAUGAGCAUCGAGGAGAACCUGCUGGACUUGCAGACCGUGUCCUUCCAGGCCGCGCUGCUCUACACCUCCAGCAAAGGAGAGCGGCGGAUCCGUGUGCACACGCUGUGUCUGCCCGUGGUCAGUUCUCUGUCGGACAUCUUCGCUGGAGCAGAUGUCCAGGCCAUCACGGCUCUUCUGGCCAGCAUGGCCGUGGAUCGCUGUGUGACGGCGAGUCUGAGUGAUGCUCGGGACGCUCUGAUCAAUGCUGCGAUCGACACGCUGGCGUCGUACCGCUCCUCAGUCCUGACCGUCCCUCAGCCCGGCCUGCUGACCCCUGCCUGCCUGCGCCUGCUGCCGCUCUACAUCCUGGCCCUGCUCAAACAUAAAGCCUUCCGGGCGAUCAGCGGCCGGCUGGACGAGCGAGUCUUCUCCAUGUGUCAGCUGAAGCAGCAGCCGCUGGCCUUCCUCCUGAUGAUGGUUCAUCCGGGCCUGUACCGCGUCGACCAGCUCACGGACGAGGGCGCUCUGAACAUCAACGACCGUACGAUUCCUCAACCCAGAGCUCAACAGCUGAGCGUGGAGAAACUGAGCAGAGACGCAGCCUUCCUCAUGGACUGUGGCACUGUCAUGUAUCUGUGGCUGGGAAGAAACUGCAGCCCGGAGUUCCUCACACAAGUCCUGGGAGUGGACGGCUACGCUGACGUUCCUCUCAACAUGAUCCAGCUUCCAGAGCUGGACACGGCUCAAUCUUCACGACUGCGAGCGUUCAUCGACUGGCUGAGAGAACGCCGGCCGUUCCACGCCGUCCUGCACGUCAUCAGAGAUGAGUCUCCUCUGAAGGCCGAGUUCAUGCAGAACAUGAUCGAGGAUCUCAGUGAAUCGGCUCUCUCUUACUACGAGUUCCUGCUGCACCUGCAACAGCAGAUCUCCAAGUGAUCCCAUGAUGCCCGGCUGGAGCCCGACACACACCUGCUGUCAAUAAAGUCCCGUCUGAGUCUCAUACAGCUGUUUGAGGAGUGAUGCUUGACACACGGCUGACAUCACGGAGCGCACCUCCUUUAUCAUUUAUUGCCUUUUACUAAAAAACAAAAAUGUAGAAGAUUUUCUUAUAAAUUUCUUACAACCUUUAUAAUUAGCGCUCAUCCGAAUUAGCGCUUUAUAAUUAGUGUGGUCAUUGUCACAAGUAUAUCUGUUCCAUCUUCAGGUUUGUCUGUAUUCGUCAGUCACUGUUUUAAUUGAAGGCAAUGCAGUUAAAUUCAAUAUCUGCCUUAAGUGGGACUCUGAGAAGAAACGCUUGUAUGUGACGUUUGACACGGGCAAAUUCAGACGCUCAACCCUGUGAUCUUAACACAUUAUAGAAACAUGUAUAUUGAUAAACCUAUAUUAUAUUCAAAAGAUUGUUAAUUUUAGUAAAAACAUUAUUCAGAUGAUAAACUGCUUGGGACUUUAAUAUUAUUUUUUCCACAGAGAUUUUUAAGAACUGGUUUAAUCUAUGAAAGCUUUAGGUGAAGUGAUGGGCUACAGAGACACGUGGGAAGAUGACUGUGUGCUUAAAGCUUGAAAUAUAAUCCAAACUACAGAAUAAAUCCAGAGAUUUCUCUGCCACUAAUAGAGAUUUAUGUUGAAUGGCUGGUUGUGAAUGGAGAACUGAUGAACACAAUAAUCUGAGCAAUCUUGAUUCUGUUCGCAGACGUUUCUUGAUUAAUCACAUCCAACAUACAGAGGGAUAUUUUUUUAUAUUUAAAAAAAUCCUUGUUUCCUCUGCAGUUGUUCAGCUCAUUUUAGCACACAUGACAACUGUUUUUUGAGAAAUGAUUUGUAAAUUCUCUGCAAUUUUGUACAUGUGAACUUUCUAAAUGAAGUCAUUAAAGAGGAAAUGUCGUGUGA